AUGCGUGUCUCCAUUGCUACCUUCAUCACCCUCGCUUCAAUUGCUACCACCUUUGUCUCCGCUGGUUCCAGCCAAAAGAAGGCUCCCAAGGGAAAGGCCUUUGAUCACAUCCUCCAGAUCUGGUUUGAGAAUCAAGAUUUCUCCACCAUUGAGGCUCUCCCUCAAUUCACUCAGCUCAAGUCUGAGGGUAUCCUGUUGACCAACUUCAAUGCUAUCACCCAUCCUUCUGAGCCCAACUACGUUGCCGCUGCUGGUGGAUCCAACUUUGGAAUUGAUGAUGAUGACUACUACAACAUUCCUGCCGAGCAGUCUUCCAUCUUUGAUCUCCUUGAGAACAAGCAAUUGACCUGGAGAUUGUACCAGGAGGGUAUUCCUAAGAUUGGUUUCACUGGUGACAAUUCUGGACACUAUGUCCGUAAGCACAACCCUGCUGUAUCUUACGAUUCCAUUGGUUUGGACAAGAAGCGUCUCCGUAACAUUGUGCACAGCGAUGAGCUUGCUAAAGAUAUUGCUUCUGGCGACCUUGCCAACUGGAUGUUCUACACUCCAGAUAUGCUUAACGAUGGUCAUGACACCAAUGCAACCUAUGCUGGUAACUGGUUGGAUAAGUUUUACCAUUCUACUUUGAAAAACAAAAAGCUCCUCGACAAGACCCUGAUUCUUUUGACAUUUGACGAGGCUGCCACAUACUCCGCCAGAAACAGAGUAUGGAGUAUUUUGUUUGGCGAUGUUCCCAAGCACUUGAAGGGUACUCAGGAUGAUACCUACUACUCUCAUUUCUCUACCUUGAACACAGUUGAGCACAACUGGGAUCUAGGAAACAUGGGUCGUGGCGAUACCAUCAGAACUGAGAACAAUGUCUUCGCACAUCUUGCCAAACGUCUCCGUUACAAGAACAUGGAUAUCCCUGAGUCAGAGAUCCCCUUGAACAACGAUUACAUUUCCAUUGGUCUUGUUCACGGUCAUUCUCUCAAUGACACCCUUUCUGCUCAGGCUGCCGAGGCAGAAAAGAAGAAUUAA